CAAAGAUAACCACAUAAAGAGACCCAUAUUCCCUCUAUUGUAUCCCAUUAGAAAAAGGUUUUUUCCCCUCAUCUCUCUCAGGUGUCGAAUCAAUCUAAUUAUCAACAAUGCCACACUCCAAAACUGCCAUUUUAUCGGUUUACGAUAAGACUGGACUCUUGGAUCUUGCCAAGGGUUUGGUUGCCGCCAACGUUCGUAUUCUUGCCUCUGGUGGUACUGCCAAGUUAGUUCGUGAGGCCGGCUUCCCAGUGGAAGACGUCUCCACCAUCACCCAUGCUCCUGAGAUGUUGGGUGGUCGUGUCAAGACCUUGCACCCUGCUGUUCAUGGGGGUAUUCUUGCCAGAAACUUGGAAAGUGAUGAAGCUGAUUUGUCUGCUCAAGGCAUUGAAAAAGUUGACUUUGUUGUCUGUAACUUGUAUCCUUUCAAGGAAACCGUUUCCAAGGCUGCUGUUACCAUUGAUGAAGCCGUUGAAGAAAUCGACAUUGGUGGGGUUACUUUGUUGAGAGCCGCCGCCAAGAACCAUUCCAGAGUCACCAUCUUGUCUGAUCCAAACGAUUAUGCUGGAUUUUUGGAAGAAUUGAAGAAGGGAGAAGUUUCCGCUGAUGCUAGAAACAGAUAUGCUCUCAAGGCCUUUGAACAUACUGCCGAUUAUGACGUUGCCAUCUCUGAUUUCUUCCGUAAACAAUACUCUGAAAACGUUUCUCAAUUACCAUUGAGAUACGGUGCUAACCCUCAUCAAAAGCCUGCACAAGCCUUUGUCAGUCAAGGUGAAUUACCUUUCAAGGUUUUAUCUGGAUCCCCUGGUUAUAUCAACUUGCUUGAUGCCUUGAACUCAUGGCCAUUGGUUAAGGAAUUGUCUGCCUCUUUGAACUUGCCAGCUGCCGCUUCUUUCAAGCAUGUUUCCCCAGCCGGUGUUGCCGUUGGGUUACCACUUUCAGACGUGGAAAAGAAGAUUUACUUUGUUGAAGACAUUGAAAACUUGUCCCCAUUGGCCAACGCCUAUGCCAGAGCCAGAGGUGCCGACAGAAUGUCUUCCUUUGGUGACUGGAUCGCCCUUUCCAACAUUGUUGACUUGCCAACCGCGCAAAUCAUCUCCAAGGAAGUCAGUGACGGGGUCAUUGCCCCAGGUUACUCUCCAGAAGCCUUGGAAAUCUUGAAGAAGAAGAAGGGUGGUAAGUACUGUAUCUUGCAAAUCGAUCCAAACUUCACUCCUGAUGCCUUGGAAUCCAGACAAGUUUACGGUAUCACCUUGCAACAAAAGCGUAACGACGCCAUCAUCAAGUCUUCCUCUUUCAAGGAAAUUGUUUCCUCAUGUAAGGACUUGACCGAACAAGGUACCAUCGACUUGACUGUGGCCACCAUUGCCUUGAAAUACACCCAAUCCAACUCUGUGUGUUACGCCAAGAACGGUAUGGUUAUUGGAUUGGGAGCUGGCCAACAAUCUCGUAUCCACUGUACCAGACUUGCCGGUGACAAGGCCGACAACUGGUGGUUCAGACAACACCCAAGAGUCUUGGGCUUCAAGUGGGCCAAGGGUGUCAAGAGACCAGAAAAGUCCAACGCAAUUGAUUUGUUUGUGACUGGUCAAAUCCCAACCACUGAACCAGAAAAGACUGAAUACGAGUCCAAGUUUGCUGAAUUGCCAACUCCAUUGACCGAGGCUGAAAGAGCCGAAUGGUUGGGCAAGUUGAAGGACGUUGCUUUGUCCUCAGAUGCCUUCUUCCCAUUCCCAGACAAUGUUUACAGAGCCGCCAGAUCUGGUGUCAAGUUUGUCGCCGCUCCAUCUGGUUCUGUCAUGGACAAGGCUGUUUUCGCUGCUGCCGAUUCCUUCGAUAUGGUUUACGUUGAAAAUCCUAUCCGUUUGUUCCACCAUUAAGCUGUUUGAGCUGCAGUUUUGUACUUUAGUUGAAUGCUCA